AUGAUAACUAACAUCACCCUCGAAAACUUCAAGUGCUUCUGCCACGUAAGCAUCAACCCGAAGUUGUUGACUGUGCUGAUCGGCCCGAACGGGACGGGCAAGUCCAGUGUGUUGCAGGCGUUGCUGCUGCUCAAGCAGUCGGUCGGAGAGGAUGGAUUGAAGUAUGAGGGGGAUUUCUUUAAUUUGAGCGAUCCCGACGACAUCCUGCCAAAUUUCUUGCCUCCGUCCUUGCCGGUUCACUUUAGAAUCGAAGGGAAUGUCGCCGGGACGGAGUUCCAAUAUUUUGAUGUAUUUUCUGACGUCCCAGAAGCCAGCAACGCCAACGAGAUGCCGAGGUAUUUGGAUGAGCUCCAAAUCUUGUUCGAUCAAUUGAGGUUCGUGCCAGCGGCACGGGGUCUAGUUCGUCCAACUUAUGCACUUGGCGACGAUCAUCAGGAGCAGAUUUCCUUGCACGAUGGCUUAGGCGCCCAAGAGGAGCAAUUGGCAACUAAUCUUGCCUACAGUAGGCCCGUGGAGGAAUAUCUUUCUGAAGCACUUAAGAAAGUCACCGGGAUCGGAAUCAGGGCAGAAACCGUCCCCUCAAGGUUGGUCGAAAUUACCUCACUAGCUCCGUCUGGGGUAGUGAAUAUCGUGGCUGAGGGAUUUGGGUCAAAUGCUUUGAUUCAAUUGUUGCACCAACUUAUCCUGGCUGAUGAAGGUGCCACCGUCCUGAUUGAGGAGCCGGAAAUCCAUCUGCACCCGAAGGCGCAGGCGGAUCUGGCGGAGGUGAUGGCUGAUACCGCCAAGGCCGAGGACAAGCAGAUCAUCAUGACCACUCACAGUGAGUACGUCGCCGGACGGUUACUAACGAUGGUUGCCGAGGGCAAACUGACGACCGACGAGUUGGCCAUUUACUCGUUCGAGAAAGACGAAAAAGGCGAGUGCUCGGCAACGGAAAUAGAAGUUACUGAGCGAGGUCAGGUCAAAGGCGGGUUGACCGGAUUCCACGAAGCCACCCGCGAUGAGAUGCGCCGCUACGCUGACGGCCUACGCAAAAGAGUAUGA